UGGACGCGGUGUUGGAGCGAAAGCGCCAAGAGGACCUGCUGCAGUCGGUUCGCGACUCGCGCUAUGUGACGCAGAAGUUCCGGCUGAAGCGCUGCGGGCUGCGGCGGCUGUACUACCUGCUAGAGGAGCCGGCGGGGCAGCACUCGCUGACGCAGAGUGUCGAGGAGAAGACGGUCCGCACCGCCAUCCAGUCCGCCCUGCUAGAGGGCUUCACCGUGCUGCGCACCGCCGACGCUCCGGACACCGCGCGGCAGCUGGGCAUGCUCACGCGCGCUCUGGAGCGGCAGUAUCGAGGCAAGACUGCCGCAGACGCCGCCGCCGCGGCAGCAGCAGCGGGGGAAGAUGAAGAGCCGGAGGUGCUGCCCUCGUAUGUGGAGUGGUCCGAGGGGCUCAAGACGGGCAAACAGAACGACAAGGUGCAAAACAUGUUUGGCCUGAUGCUCUGCGCGGUUCCAGGCAUGGGCCAGGAGAGGGUCAACCGCAUCAUCGUGCGCUACAACACGCCCGUCGCGCUGUGGGACGCCUACAAGGAGGCCAUGCGCCGCGCCGCCGCUGCAGGGCAGGACCCUGUGGCUGCGGCGGAGCAGCUGCUCACGGGCGAAGUGGGGGCGCUGUUCAGCGGCCGGGUGUACCAGAUGCUGUUCGCCAAGGGGGCGCCGCCGUUGCAGGUGGUGGGCUCGCAGGGGCCGUCGCGGCCGCGGUAGGGUGCGGGGUUUGGCUGUAAGGUGUGUUGGGAUGGUGGUGGCGGCGGUUGAUGUGUAGUGGGCUGAGACGAGGCGGUGAGUUUAGGCUGAAGCAGGUGGAACACACGCGGUGCGGCGAGCGGGUAAAGGGGUGAUGAGCUGAUGACAGUACAGGAGGGUGCUCAUGCAUGUAGGCUAGCGAGUACAUGUGGUGAACUUGGGUAAGACGGCAAAUGCGCGCGACGUGAACCCCAUGGAGUGGGUGAGCAGCGCUUUUCCUCUGUGAUGGUUUGUAAGGAGCAGGCGUGCUAGAUAGUAGACAGGCAAGAUGGCCGACAUUUUGGAGGCUGGGUACGGUAGAAAAUGGCUUGGAUCAGGUUGGAAGAAUCAGGGGAAGCCGACGUGUGUCCAGGUGUCACAGAGCUUGCACACGUAACAACCUACGUUUUUGGAUUGCCUUUGAGGGCAAAACUAGGGCGGUUGUUAUGGCGCCAACCCUGAACGCGGG